UAAAAAAAGAAAUUAAUCUAGAUCAUGGGACAAACACUUUCAGAACCCAUUGUUGAAAAGACAACCCACGAAGGCAAGAACAGCAACUUGAUGUAUGCACUUUCUUGCAUGCAAGGAUGGAGACUUACCAUGGAAGAUGCUCAUUGUGCCGAAUUGGAUUUAGAUGGCACCAAGGCUAGUUUUUUUGGUGUCUAUGAUGGUCACGGAGGCUCCACAGUGGCGCAAUAUACAGGACAGACGCUCCACCACCGUGUACUUGAAUCACCACUUUUUGGAAAGAAGUAUUAUACGACAGCAUUAGUUGAAUCGUUUAUGCAAUUGGAUAGAGAGCUGAUAGAAGACCAAAACUUUUCUUAUGAUCCUUCUGGAUGUACAGCAGUGACUGUAUUGGUGACACCCGAUCAAAAGGAAAUCUACUGUGCCAAUGCUGGUGAUUCCAGAUCGGUGAUUAGUACGGCUGGAAAGAGCAAGCCAUUAUCGUAUGACCAUAAACCUACCGACCCCAAAGAGAAUCAACGUAUUGUGAAUGCUGGUGGAUUUGUUGAAUUCGGACGUGUCAAUGGUAACUUGGCACUCUCGCGUGCCAUUGGUGAUUUCGAGUUUAAGCAGAAUAAUACUUUACCCGCUGAACAACAAGCAGUGACUUGCGAUCCUGAUGUUAUCAAACACACUAUCGAGAGUGAGGAUGAAUUCAUCGUCUUAGCCUGUGAUGGUAUCUGGGAUUGCAUGACUAAUCAACAAGUUGUGAGUUAUAUCCGUCAAGCAUUAUCUCAAAAGACAAAAUUAGGUGAGAUCUGUGAACAAAUCAUGGAUGAUUGUUUGGCUGUGGAAAGUGAUGGUGGUGGCUUUGGCUGUGAUAAUAUGUCUGUUAUCAUUGUUGCUAUUUUGAACGGUAAAUCAGAAGAAGAAUGGUAUGAUUGGAUGGCUGCUCGUACUGCUCCUCCCAAGAAGGAUGGUUUAGGCAACGAUAUCGUCAUGACUCAACCAUAAAAAAAAAAGAAAAGAAACCAUUUUGUAAUUAAACAACAUACACACAUUUUAUUUUUAUUAUU